AUGGAGGGCCUGGGGGCUCCAGAGCUCAGGCAGGAGGGAGCAGGGCUCAGCCUGUUGCUGCUUUCCUUGCUCCUGGUGCAAGCUGGUGUCUGGGGGUUCCCAAGGCCCCCCCAGAGCCUGAAGGAGCUACACAGGGAGUUCACAGUCAGCCUGCAUCUUGCCAGGAAGCUGCUGUCCGAGGUUCAGGGCCAGGCCCACCGCUUUGCUGAAUCUCAUCUGCCAGGAGUGAGUCUGGACCUGUUGCCCCUGGGAAAGCAGCUCCCCAAUGUAUCCCUGACCUUCCAGGCCUGGCGUCACCUCUCUGACCCAGAGCGACUCUGCUUCCUCUCCACGAGCCUUCAGCCCUUCCAUUCCCUGCUGGGAAGGCUGAGGGGUCAAGAGGGCUGGACCAGCUCAGAGAAAAUGCAGUUGUGGGCCACCAGGCUGGAUCUUCGGGACCUGCAGCGGCAUCUCCGCUUCCAGGUGCUGGCUGCAGGAUUUAACCUCCCAGAGGAGAAGGAGGAGGAAGAAGAGGAGGAGCCCUCAGGGGCUCUGGGCAGCCCCGUACAGGUGUCAGCCCAAGUGUCCUGGCCCCAGCUGCUGUACACUUACAAGCUAUUGCGCUCCUUGGAGCUUGUUCUGUCUCGGGCAGUUCGGGACUUAUUGCUGCUGUCCAAGACAGGACAUCUGGGCCUGGCUUGGGGUUCCCAACAUUUGACUCCCAACCCUGAUGGAGUGACCUUUUAGCUCAUUCCCUUAUCCUUCUAAGACUUUAG